AUGGCGAUACCCAUGAUUUUUGCUGAGGAACAGCAGAUAGCGCUCAGGCCUAAUGUCAAUAUUCUAACACCUUGGAGACCUGUUGGCUUGUUACUGAAGGAAGAUGAAGCUAUUGAAGUUACCCAACGAUAUGCGCCACAUCUCAUACCAAACUGUGAUCCCAUUCUGACCCAAGAUUUGCAGCAAGGAUUGUUCAAAACCAGCACUGGACAUGCAGGGCUAAUUACAUCCCUUGUAACACUUCUAAAGUAUAUACCGAAACUCGAAUUAAUGGUGCGACUCUGCAAACCUAUCUAUUGGCAAACAAUCAGGGAGGCUCUCUUCCAUGAUCCUAUAGAUUUUUUUAGACUUCUCCGACGCCUCCCGUUCGCCAGGGGUCUGCCUCCACAGAAAAUCUUACAAGUUCCUGCUAUCGCCAGUGUUCUCAAAGAAGCGAUUGUUUGUGAUAGGCUCUAUCAAUCUAAACUCCAACAUUGGAGUGAAGAGUUAAGAAACGCUCUGCAAAAGAUCUUGUGCAACGGUUGGCUCCAUGCAGAGAACUCAGAUGGUAACGAACAAUUCAUAUUCGCAAGUCAAAUCUACCGUUGUCUAGGUAUUGCCAGUGUCUUUUCGCCGAAAAACACCCUGAUCAACAACUGGAUUACGACACCUUUAAAUCUAGCGCUCGACGUCAUCAGCCGUUUUCAGCCGUGUCAGCUAGCAGAUGCGCCACGUUCGCUGGCAGAUAAAACCCGACCACUUGAAGAUCAGUAUCAGAAAGAGUUUUAUCGCUGCCUUUUUCCUUUAGUGGAUGGGCAUGUUCUCAUAUCUCCUGAGUUCGUGAUUCAGUCGGGUAUUAAAGGUGGAACAAUUGACUUCCUUGUUCCGGAGAAGAAGUGGGGAUUGGAACUACUAAGAGAAAGUGACCGGCUUCAGGAACACAUGGACAGGUUUAAACCAAAUGGAAAAUACUUUACCCUGAUUGAAAAAGAAAAGAUGGACCAAUAUAUUGUUCUCAAUUUCACCAAUAUACGGCCACGAAAAUUCCGUCCAGAGUUCAAGGACCGUCUGUACCACGUUGUGUUUUCUGAAGGAUAUCGGAAGGUUACAGUGAUUGAUGCGUCAGACCUUUGCGAAGUCAACUCCUUUGUCUUAAUGGAGAAUGACUAG